AAUCGUGUUUGAAACAGAGUCAUAUGAGCUGUCAUACAAAAAGAAAAAACGCAUUUCAGCGCGUUUGCUGAUAAAGACAUUUAAUAUCUUCUAAUUGUCUCAAAUCAUAAUACGCGGCUGAAAAGGGAAAGAACGGGGAAGAUGUAGAAAUGAUUUCAACUUCCCCAUGGUAUAUUCUUGCCUUGCAGGCUAGUAUUUAUACUUUUCCCUAGCUAUUGCCAUUGCAGAACACAGAGAAGAGCACAAUUAAAGGCCGAAGUCCAGAAACCAGAGAAGUUGAUUGGUAGUUUUCAAAUGGGUGUAAUUCAAAACAUUUGGCGGGCAUCUCUGUGCUUUUUGGUGGCGGCAUUGUUGAUUUCGUCUGUAAAAUGUGAAGAUCCGUACAAGUUCUUUACAUGGAAUGUUACAUUCGGCACCAUUUACCCCCUGGGCGUGCCUCAACAGGGGAUUCUUAUCAAUGGUCAAUUUCCAGGGCCUCAAAUUGAUUCUGUAACGAAUGACAAUUUGGUGAUAAAUGUCUACAAUAGCUUGGAUGAACCUUUCUUGUUGUCCUGGGAUGGUAUACAACAGAGAAGAAACUCAUGGCAAGAUGGCUUGAUGGGAACCACCUGCCCAAUCCCACCAGGCAGAAACUUCACAUAUCAGUUUCAGGUGAAGGAUCAGAUAGGGAGCUAUUUCUAUUUCCCUUCUAUGUAUAUGCACAAAGCAGCCGGUGGGUUUGGUGGUUUGAAGAUUGCAAGCCGACCCAGGAUUCCAGUUCCAUUCCCAGAUCCAGCAGGGGACUAUACAGUUCUAAUAGGAGAUUGGUACAAGACUAAUCACUCGAUCCUUAGGCAAACACUUGAUAUGGGUUCAUCUCUUGGGAUGCCUGAUGGGAUUCUGAUUAAUGGUCGAGGCUCGAACAGUACAUCAUUUACAGUAGAUCAAGGUCAAACUUAUCGUUUCCGCAUUUCCAAUGUGGGUUUGGCAAGUUCUCUGAACUUUAGGAUUCAGGGGCAUAAAAUGAAGCUUGUGGAAGUAGAAGGCUCCCACACAGUUCAAAACACAUAUGAAUCUCUAGAUAUUCAUUUGGGUCAAUCCUACUCUGUUUUGGUGACUGCAGAUCAGCCUCCUCAGGGCUACUACAUUGUUGUAUCCACACGAUUUACAUCCCCCAUACUAACCACCAUUGGCUUUCUUAGCUACAGUAAUUCACAAACAUCUCCAUCCGGACCCCUUCCCUAUGGCCCAACUGAUGAAGUUGAUUGGUCCUUGAACCAGGCCAGAUCUAUCAGAUGGAACCUUACUGCAAGUGGCCCUCGGCCCAAUCCACAGGGAUCUUACCACUAUGGAAACAUAACCACCUCAAGGACCAUCAGACUUGCAAACUCUCCUCCUAUGAUCAAUGGGAAGCAGAGAUAUGCUGUAAACAGUGUUUCAUUCAACCCACCUGACACUCCUUUGAAGUUGGCUGAUCACUUCAAACUACAGGGUGUCUUCAGCUUGGGAUCCAUUCCAGAUAAUCCCACAGGCGGAGGUGGUUACCUGCAGACAAGUGUCAUGGCUGCUGAUUUCAGAGCUUUCGUUGAGAUUGUGUUUCAAAACAAUGAAGACACAAUCCAAUCAUGGCAUCUAGAUGGCUAUUCCUUCUUUGUUGUUGGAAUGGAUGGUGGUGAGUGGUCACAAGCAAGCAGGAAAGAUUACAAUUUGUUUGAUACUGUUGCCCGAUGCACUGUACAAGUUUACCCCAACUCAUGGACAGCUAUUUUUGUGGCUCUGGACAAUGUGGGUAUGUGGAAUGUACGAUCCCAGAAUUGGGCACGCCAAUACCUUGGGCAACAAUUUUACCUUCGAGUUUAUUCUCCAGCAGAGUCAUGGAGAGAUGAAUAUCCUAUCCCGAGGAAUGCUCUUACCUGCGGGCAGGCUCAGGGCCGUCGUACCCGCCCAUAGAUGAAACUCUUUGAAUUCUUUCGGCCACUGUAGUCACAAUAGGGUGACUAAAGCCUAUGAUUUCAAUCGAUCGAUUGGUCUUUUUGUCUGUGAAAUGUAGUGAAAUCACGAUAAGAGGGAUUUCACUAUUUUGCCCUCCUAAAUUCUUAUUAGUUGCAGAACAUUGCAGCAGCUUAUCUCAAGCUGUAUUUUUAUUUAUCUAUUUAUUUAAUCCAAGCUUAUUUAAAAAAAGGAUGGUAUCUUUGCCUUUCUUAUAGUGGAAGUAAAGUAAAGUGAGUGAAAAUGAAUCUGGAUUCAAUGAUAAGAUUGCCCAUUCAUCUCA